AUGGCGCGACGGUACCAGAUCGACGAGCUGCUAUGGCUGCGGUCGUCGCCUCUGGUCACAAAGCCUACUAAUUUACCGCCGGUAGAAGAAUGGAUGGGCCCAAUCCCCGAUCCAGCUACCCAACGGAAAGCUACAAACUCGCGAGACCCCAAUAACCCCCAUGAAUCGACCCCCAGAAGGCCCAGUCUGUUUGAAACUCGUCAUGUGUCCCGGAAUUCCAAUUCAGAGGACAUCAUUCUCGGACCCCCCAAAACUGCUUUUGCUUCGGCAUCUCGUAUACCCGGUAAAGGAUCGAUAGAUGCUACGGAACGAUCGUCAAGGCCUAAUGACCAGGAUGACUCGAAGAACGACCGUUUCAACUUACGGGAGAAGUUCUUCAAGGACCGGGAGUCUGGUGACAGAGAUUUUGACCGACGAGAUGGAAAGUUAGGAACAUUCAACAACAACAACAACAAUCGGCGUGGGGACAGGGAGGACUGGAACAGUGGACGCCCCCGCCGUACCUUCGGCCCCGAGGAACAGGAUCGAAAGCCGAGACGCAACGGAGAGUUUGAUCGGUGGGAGAACCGCGACCAGCGAGAACCCAACAAUGACCGAGGAGUUAGAGAUAAGGAUGCACGAUUCUUCCCACGGAAGGACGGCACGCCCGGACGUGCGAGACACGAGGGAAGUUGGUUUCGUGAGGAGAAUACCCACGAUGCGCCUGAUGCGGAGGAGGAGAAGACUCCGAUACGAAACAGGGAAUGGCGUCGGGAUCGGCACGGUGCAGAUCGUGACUGGACGCGGGGAGCCAAGUUCGAACAGGAUCCCGAGUGGAUGGAUUCGACUGAUCGAGAUGAGCCUCGCCGGGUGCAUACACAAGAAGACUUUGAACGCUGGAAGGAAAGGAUGAAGGCGGGCUCCUCGCAGGUUCAAGCCGAAGAAAAGGAGGUCCCCUUGGAGACGACCCCUGCUCCUGCCCCCGCGCCGAAGCCAGAGCCCAGGCCUACAGAUGGUGAGAUUUUCAGUAGCAAUGGCGCUCCGUUCACGUCAGAUUCGGCCAUGGAGCGGUUCUUUGGAUUGCUCGGGGACUCCAAGCCACCUCAGGCGCCUCCACUACCCCAGGAGAUAAGCGCUCCUCCUCCUCCCAUGAUGGAACAAACAAUGAAGAAAGAGCCACUUCCAGGAAAGCUUGGAAAGUCGUCGCGCUUUGCUGGACUCUUCUCGCCACCACCGGGAAGCCCGGCCAAAGAACCAGAAACUCAUCCAGAGACCAGGUCGUCGCCUUCGAUGAACACCGUCAACACUGAUGCCGAUCAGGAAGGUUUCCAGCGCAUCCUGCAGAUGCUUGGUGGAGGAAAAUCGCGCAACGCGACACCUCACAAUGACCCUGUUGCAUACAACCGGCCUCCUUCGCAGGUACAGGCCGAACAGAUCCGGAGUGCUGUUUCAUCUCCUGCUCGAGAUCAACUCAAGCGGCAGGAGUACCUGGCCAUGCAAGAGACAGUUGCUCGUGGCCCUGGCCCUAACCCUUAUGUCCAGGAGACACAUGCUCGAGACCGGGAACAUCUACUGCGACUGAUGCAGCAGGUCCGUGUUAGUCCCGUUGCCAACCAGGGUGCCCAGAGCCAGCCCCAAAGUGCUGGUCCUGUCGGCCCGGCCCCCGGUUUGUUGAGCAUGCCGGAAGUGCUUUCUCCCCCUCCAGGCAUUCCGACCCCGCAAAAGGGCCCCAACUUCUUGGAUGACCCUGCGAUAGCAAAUAUGCAGAGACCCGAUGCUGAACAUCUUCGUCGCCGGCCCGCAAACGGGCCCCCCAUGGGAUAUUUCGAAGAUAUGCCGUUCCCUCAGGGCGGGCAACUUCCUAUGACGCCCGGCGGAAGCAGAGCUCCCCAGGCUCAAGGCCAUCCUGCUAUGGGCAUGCAGAGACCUCCAGGCUUCGAACAUUUGCCUCCUCCUGGAUGGCCAGGACCUCAGAUGCCCCCGCAGCAAGCUGCUGGACCCGCACCUUUGGCACCUCCUCCGGGUAUUCCGACACCUACACGCGGCGUCAACCCAAGUUACAUGUCGAACAUGAUGCCCAUGCAUGCGAAUGCACCACCCCUCAACGAGCGUGAACCCUUCCCGCGUCCUCCCCCUCCAGGCAUGAUGCCUCCUCCCGGAUACAUGAACGGACCCCCGCCAGCCGGUUUCCCACCCAUGCCGCCGAACGGUGAUGCUCUCAUGGGGCUUCCUCACCGUGGCCAAGGUCCUUUUGAGGGCAACCCUGGACCUCAAGUGCCUCCCCCCGCUUCCAGGCACCUGUUGGAUAUGUUCGGCCAAGUUGGCGGCGAGGCCCCGCGCGGCAUGCUCGGGCCUGGACAGUUCCGGUAG